AGACGAAGCAGUCCUAUCUGAGAGAGCAAGUGAGCGGAGAGAUUGAGAAUAAAGAAAGAGAGGACAGCGACCAAUACAGAGAAAUACUGAAGACGAGCUGAGAGGACUGGGAGGAGGAUGUGAAGAGGAAUAAAGAGAGCGCAGGAUUUGUGACUCAUUCAAAGACAAGUGAAGAUAGCAGAAGAAGAAGAAAGUGUGAAAGACGAGGACCGUCGUCGACGCAACUCAAGCUUUUAAACAGAUUACAGUUUGAUGGAGGAAAAACACACAGUGGACCGCUGUGCUCACACACCUCUCUGCACUUUCCCACGCAUUUAAAGUGCAGCUGUGCGGACAUCUCUACGGGAGGAAUAUUGAUGAGCCAAAUGAUCAACAACCCUGAAGCCGUCACUCCUCAGACAGAAUGACUACCUCCUCCUUCCCAGCCUCUGUGGCGUCCAACUCCUCUCUUCCUCUCUCUACUUCAACCCUCCCUGUUUCGAUGUCAACCUUCUUCUCCGCCACCUCUCUUCCCCCUUCCUCCUCUACGUCAAACCAGACUGUGUGUUCCUUUGAUGACCCCACUCUCCAUCUGGUGCUGGCAGUCCUGUACUCCCUGUUCUUCCUCGUUGGGCUUGUGGGUAACCUCUUUGCUCUGUGGGUCUUCCUUUUCCUACAUUCAAGCCGCAACUCUGUGCGGGUGUUCCUCAUCAACUGUGCUGUGGCUGAUCUGGUGCUCCUGGCGUGUCUGCCCUUCAGGGUUUUCUACCAUGUUAAUGGGAACAAGUGGGUACUGGGACAUGUAGCCUGCAAGAUGGUGGGGAAUCUGUUUUACAUGAACAUGUACAUCAGUAUUACUUUACUGGGGUUCAUCAGCCUGGACCGAUACUCGAGUAUAAAGGGGAAAGGCAGAGCGCGGAGAGGCAUGAGGAUGACUCUGUGUGGGCGCAGCCGGCCGUGGAGCUGGGUGGCAUGCGGCGCUCUAUGGGGUCUGGCACUGGUGGCGCUGGUGCCCAUGAUCGCUACAGCAGAGGACAAAGAGAACAGUGGCAAAUGCUUCCAAUACAAGGGGCGAAGCAACAAAGCCAAAGGGAAAGCCUACUUCAACGGGGUGCUCGUGCUGAUGUUCUGGCUCGUCUUCAUCCUGCUGGUGGUCUCUUAUGCGAAUAUCGCUUCCCAGUUGCUGAAGGUGUCACGGGACAAGCCGGACCUUCCCAACGCCCAGAGAUACCAGCGAACCGCCAAGAAGUCCUUCUUUGUGCUCUUUCUGUUCACCGUCUGCUUCGGGCCCUACCACGCCUUUCGCCCAGUCUACAUCCUCUCGCAGCUGAGCGAAACAUUAUCUUGUGACUACUUGCAACUGGUGGACCGCACUAAUGAGGUGAUGCUGUUAUUAUCUGCCUUCAAUAGCUGUUUGGAUCCUGUCAUGUACUUUCUGUUAUCUGGCACAGUGCGCAAAACCGCUCUCCGGGCACUUGGAAACCGACUUGGCAACCGGCUUGUUUUCCUAAACGAGGCGACGUCAAACAGCUCGACAGAGUUAAGGCGAGCAUCCGUGCCUAUGUCUUAUCCUAACUCUGAACUUAACACCCCCUCGGUCACCCCCAGGACAAGUAUCUGCGUCAUGAACUCCACCCUCCGCCGCACAGGAUUGACCUUGAUUCCACCUACUGGCCAACAGUGAUCAGUUGGUCCGACUGCAUAUAAUGUAAACCUGAACACACGAGAAAUAAGUAUUGGAGAAUGUUUUUUUAACACGGAGUGGAGUGGUUGGCUUAUUCCCUGUAAAACUGAGCAAAGUAUUUCUACACAUACCUACUUAUUUUGUAUUUGGCUUGUGAACACCUGUGCUGCGUGAGAAUCAUUGUUUAACCUCGAGUUUAAUGCCCCAGUGAAAGACGGAGCUGCACUUCAGUGACUGACAGAAGUGUUUCUAAGAAUACAUGCUGGAUCUCAUCACAGAGAAAGACGUAAAUGUGUAUAUCGGUAAUAAUGGUUUGAGAGUAUCUGAUGACUAAUGUUAAAAUAUACACAUUUUGCACAUUGUUUUUAAAUAAAAAUCCAUUUAUAGUUUUAAUAUGAUCUUGCGAAGACUCCGACAGAGGUCGAGCUUAAAUACCAUACAUGUCGUACAAAAUAAUGAGUGCAGAUUUACCUCGGACUGAAGACUUACUAGUCUCUCUGAAUUGUCCUGAUUGAGUUAAAAGCCACCCGUCUGGCACUCCAAGUGCGUCAGAACACAGGGUUGUCAAAUUGUAGCGAUAGUGUGAGGAUCAAGGGCCAUCUGCUGCUUGGUGUUUGUCGCCUGCGUUAGGUGGCUAAUCCUGUUGCAAUCACUGGUUGAUGCUAAUCUGACUAUAAGAGCUCUUAAAGGACCGGACUAGCAUUUGACAUGCGCUUCAACCCGGCAUGAUGCACUGGUUUGCGAGCGGAUGUGGUGUGGGAUGCGUUUACUGGUAGACAGAUUAAUGCUUUCGUCACAGAGAGUGAAGCUCACGUGUGGGGGUAUUUAUUACCCUGGUCAUAACAAAUAAAAGUUUUACAUUUCGUUAACUGCGGUCAGAUAAAGUGGCACGUUUGGUGUUUCCAGUGGAUCUCACCUUUACAUCGCGGUGAAUCACAUUGUUGUCGUGGCAGUACCGAAGUGCCUCCAAAAUCUGCCUCAUGUAGUGGCUGGAUGCACAGA